AUGGACCCACUGUGGACCACCACCAUUCUCCUGGUGCCCUGCGUAGUCGUACUGACAGCUGGAUUUUUCUACCUCUAUGGCUUCAUUGUCGGUCUGUUGUCCAAAACAUCAGUACGCAAUAAGGUGGUGGUUUUAACUGAUGCUUUAUCCGGGCUUGGAAGAGAAUGUGCAAGUGUGUUUCACAAAGGAGGAGCGAGGUUGAUCCUCUGUGGGAAAAGCUGGGAGAAACUAGAAGAACUUGCCGAUCAUUUGGCCAAUGCUUCAGACCCCACUGUAACGUUUCCUCCUAAGCUGGUGCUGCUGGAUUUUGGAGAUAUGGAGAGCAUGCCUGAGGCAAUCGAUGAGAUCCUGGAGUGCUACGGCUGCCUGGAUAUUCUCAUCUUUAACAGCAGUAUGAAGGUUAAAGCACCUGCACAGAGUAUUUCUUUGGAGAUGGACAAGCUACUAAUGGACAACAACUACUUCGGACCAGUCACGUUGGCUAAAGGUGUGCUGCCCUCCAUGAUCUCUAGGCGGACUGGUCACCUGCUUCUGGUCAACAGCAUUCAAGGAAAACUUGCUGUGCCCUUCCGCGCUACAUAUGCAGCCUCUAAACAUGCAGUUCAGGCUUUCUUUGACAGUCUGAGGGCUGAAGUGGAAGAGUACGGCAUCUCCGUCAGCACCAUAAACCACACCUUCAUCAGCAAAAGUGCGGCAGGGGCAGCUCCGUCCAAAUCCAUCUGGUCAUUGUUGUACAUUAAGAAGCCGCUUGGCAUUUCUCCUGAUGAGGCAGCCACUGAGAUUGUGAAGACUUUAAACAACAAGAGGAAAGAGGUGGUAAUUGCUCCCUCGCUCCCUAAGGUGGCCAUCUAUGCCAGGUCCUUCUUCCCUAAUGUGUUCUUCGCUGUGAUGGCUGCGGGAGUGAACAACGCUGCUGUCGCUGACAAGAUGUAGCACUGUUGCUGCUGCCGCUGCCAUACGCUGCCUCUCACUGUAAUGACUGUGGAUAUUUAUGACACAAUAUUUUCUGGUGAAGGUGAAACAAAAGUGUGAAAGAUGAAAAAUUAAGAAUAAAGGAUGGGUGGAAAUGACAGCAAGGUCUGUGAAGAACAUUUUAUUCACAAUCCUCCAUCUGUCCAUGCUGACAAUCUAGAA